CUCCACCUGACAGGCUGCAAAGUGAGUGGAGCAAUACGCUGCACACUGCUCCUUAGCAGAGAUGUCGUGGUGAGCAACAUCAAGUGUGCUUAACAAGCUUGUUGCCGUUGCUUCUCCUCUUCCUAUAACGGGGGGAGCCUCUACUUCUUAACUCUCUACUUCUUAACAAGAUUGGUACAUUAAUGUACCUUCAGAGCUCACAAGAGGAGCUCAUCAUCAAGAAGAGCAAGGCAGAAGGAGUAGAGCAAACUACAACAUCAUGGAGAAACGAUCACGAGGACCCGGGAGACCGCGGCUGCGGCGCGGAGGUCGUCCCUUAUUUUCGUCAGCUUUGAUGUCUUCCUCUUGGCUCUUGCUGUUGUCCUUGCUCCUGCGGUCCUCAUUUUAAGGCUCAACUUUCAAUGGUCAUUGGGGUUGGUCACUGAGAUCGAAGAGGCGACCCCUUGAGAGAACAGGGGAAAACGAAGGGAAAGGGGAGAGCUUUGACGGGGGUCUCUUCCGUUCAGAGUCAGUGACCAAUGAAUGCUGAGCUUUAAUCAUUCCUGGUUGUAGAUGCGAUCUUGGAUCCUAGCGCAGAGGAGAAAAGGCAGCUUUGGGGGUCGCCCAAUUGCGACAACGCGCCAACUGAUACGGUCGACUGGGUUGCGUUUCGGGAAGAAAUGUCAAGGAUUCCCUAUCCACAUAACAUCGAUUAAGGGUAGGUUAAAGGUGCUUUUCUUACCGUUUUUUAUGCCUCUCUCCCUUAGGAUGAGAAAGGCAUAACAAGCGGGGUAAGCGAGCACCAAAAACCUACCUCUAAAUCGAGCUCGUUAUCCCAUUGUUCCACCAAUUCCGCAUAUCACACGUUCUAGAUGCAGAAGCACAAAAAUGUGUCAUGGGAUUGAGCACACUGUUCUUCUUCACUUGUCGGUGGACCCUAGACUCCGUACGAGAUCAAGGUCGUGUAGAAGAAGAUACCGACUGGCGCGGGUUGACGCAAGCGAUAUUUAUGUUCUUGGUGGUAGAACAGGUUUUUCAUUGAUGUCCACUACCUACUAGAGAAGAACGUGGUAUGUUGAGAUCAUCACUAGUAUUACAACUUCUAACAUCCCGCAGUAUUCUGUAUUGGAAAACUACCUUUCCGCUGUGCAUCCGGGACUACUGGAUAACAGCCUGUGGCCCAUUAUGGAUUCCGACAUUCGCUUAUGAGAAACUUGUCACAGCAUUUUUCAUAGUUCCAAGAGGAGUUGUUUCGUCUACAACAGUGGUCGUCUUGUCCUACUUCCUUGUACUUUCUAGAAACAUGAUUCAAUCAACCUCCCAUUCUUCUACGACACGACUACAAGGAUGAGAAGUUCUUGGCUCGUCUAAUCCAUAGGCUUCGCCAGGAUUUGUUAGACACUUACCGAACCAUUGCACAGCGCGAUGUGGCUCUGCAAGAUGCAAUGUGGCAUAACAGGUUGCGCAUCUACGUGUACGAUGAGGAAGAAGUGCCGCUGCUCAAGAAGUUGACGAUCGGAGCCAUGUUUUGUGGUCGGGGACAGUGGGGUAUGGAGACGCAAAUCCAUGACUUCUUCAGAGCUGCAUCUUUUAGGACACUAGACCCGUACGAGGCCGACUUUUUUUACGUGCCUGGAUACGCGAUUUGCAUGCUGGAGUUAUGCGUUGAGAACUACAGUGUACUUCUUCAUCAUACAUUUGCAUCACACCAAGAAUUAAUGUCUUUUCAUCGCCAUCGCCGUAUCUUCCUCUCUUCUAACCACCGGCAAUAUUUGGAAGAUGGAGGAGAUCGACCAGAUUUACAUCGAUUUGGUGAAGGCGUUACCAUUUUUUGAGAGGAGUCGAGGACGCGACCAUAUUUUCACGUUUGGAAGCGGGAUGAGCACGAGUGUCUUUGAGUCUUGGCGUGAUCAUAUACCUGAAGCGAUAGUCUUGACACCAGAGACGGAGUUGUUCAACGACCUCGCGUGGAUCAUAGAACCGCCCUUUCAGCCGUUUAAGUUAUGACCUAUCUUCAAUCUGAGCGAGGGUUUGAAAGUCAGUCUAGUCUUUGACUUCAAUGUAAACAGAAGUCGCGGCACAUGCAUCAUUUCAGAGUUAGAAGCUUAAAAACAGGUGGUAGAAGUAGUAGUAGUAGGACAUGGCUUAGAAGCCACCUAUGAGAAAGUAGUCUCUUCCCCUUCUAAGGAACGACAUCGUCAUUCCCGGAAACUUAGACAUGACAGAACUCAUCUCCCUCCAGGAGUUCUCGAAGCCACUGGAGGAGCGUGAAUUUCUAGGCUGCUUUUUCGGUCGAGCAGAUGUUGUGCGAGGUACUUUAGACUUUACUUAGUCCCUAUGCCGUCUCAAUCUUGCCCGUCUUCACCCUUUUGUUUCUGCUUCGUUUUUGUACUUUUUCGUCGUGGUCAACUACCUCAUUAUUCGGAUAUCGACAAACACGUACAUCUUCUUCAAUCCAUGCAUCUUUUACAACGUACAGGUCCUCACCCUUGGGUCGGCGGUCCUAUGAUUCGUAAGACAAUACUAGGCUGGAAAGAUGAGCCGGAUCUUUUCAUUAGCGAGUUCACUGAGUUGAAGAAAAUGCAUGAAGCAAUGGGCAACUCCAAGUUUUGCUUCAUUUAUGAAGAGAAUCGUUGACUUUUGUAUUUUUGUGUAGAACUAUCAGUAGCGAAGAUCAGAAUAAGCUGGUAGACUUCGAAUCGCCUGACCUUCUCAACGUGCGUCCCAUCGCCUAGCAGGUCAGUUGGUUCGAAUCCUAUCAGCAUGCUGCUACUGACGACACCAGAACUGUCCGUAGCGACAUGCUGAUAUAAGUACUUCGAACACCGCUUGACCUUCUCAGCGUGCUAGUACUUGUGAGAAUCAUCUUCAUUCUAAUUUAUCCCUCGUGGUAAAAGCGCUUGGUCCUUACGCUUUUUCGAGUCGCUCUUUACGAAUUGCGUACCCGUUUUGCUGAGUGACCUGUGGGAGCUUCCUUUUGAGGACUUCCUAGAUGUCUCUAAGUUCGUGAUCAAAUGGCCAGCUGCGAAUACGGAUGGACUAUUGCAAUACUUGCGAUCGAUACCGGAUACAAUAGUGGAAAUUAUGAAGGAACGCUGUACUUAGAUGAGUGAAUGUGUCAACAUCAGCAUCACGAGAGGAUAUACUCAACUCGAGUUAGCAGGAAGCGACGUGAAUUCCUAUUUUUCCCAGUUGUUCUUCUUCUCGUUGUGUUUGAAAGAUAACUAAGAAGAAUGUUGAGACAACAUUUGCAUUACCUCUGUCUAAGAACAACUAUAUGGCAGAGGCAAGACGAGUGCGUUGUUGGUUUCAGUACCCACCGAAAAAAGUUGAUGUGCGGCAUACGAUGCGCAAGGCUCAUAACCUGUGCCAAGAUGAGAGUAUGAGCGCGUACAAUGGGAUUCUGCAAAUCUUGAUGCACAAAAAGCGCUCCGGAGUAUCGAGUGGAUGGCGCCGUGACCAGUAUAAUUUGAUAGCUGCGCCAAAGGCGAAUAUAAAUGGAAACUCCUCUUCAAGCGUCGCCGGGAUCAUGAGUGCCGAGAGCAGUGGUAGUGGAAAAGGCACAGAAGGGGAUCUAGACGAGCGUUAUUCAGCAGAGUAUUUUGCUCUUCGCAGUGCACUCCACACGAAAACGUCGACAAAGAUCGUCAGAAAUUUCAGUCUAGAAGACAGGAAACGAACGCGAGAAUUUAGAGACGCUGUUCGGAGAUUAGGCAGCGACGAGUUUCUUAGGCAUUCUAGGAUACUCAGAAAAACGAAGUCUGCAGGAUCUGCGAGUGACCAUCUGCCGACUUAGCUACGCACCAGAGGGGUGCAUGGCGGCAUCAUUUGAACCGUUCUGUGGUGCAAAAGGAAGUUCUUAUUUAUUUCACACUUUCAUGCUUUCUUGUUCAUCCUGAGUUGCUCUUGCUGCUCGUUCUCUUCUCAUUUUCGUUCGAUCAAAGCACGCUGCUGUAGUACUUAGCUUUUUGUUCAAUCAACGUUUGUCGAUC